CCUCGACCUCUCCACACCUCACCUCCGAACCUCGCGCAGCUUCAAUAGCGACACAUUAGGAUUCAUUUUCUCCUCCAGCACUCAACGUGGACUGUAGGACACGGAAAUAAACAACCACGCGACGGGAAGCAAGUUAAAGCGCGAGCGGAAACUUAAUUAUAUGGAUGCGUAUUGAUGCUAUAAAGUCCACGCGGAUGUGACAGUUUCUGCCAGAAGACGUUUUCUCACUGGGAGCGACGAAAACACCAAACUCUGCAUAGAAACGUGCUGAAUUUCCUCCAUGGUCAAAGAGGAUGGCUGCAGACAACCUUUUAAGGACACUUUUGUAAAACUGUCUUUGAAAUAUGGGACUGACUUCCUCCAUGAAUACCACCAUGACUAAUAGGUCUCAAAGUGCAGACCCGUGCCACUACAAGCACGAUAUCGACCCGGACAGCAAACCCCUGCUCAGCGCGAUCAUGUUCGGCACUGGAAUCUUUGGUAACGUGGCUGCGCUGGUGAUCCUGGAGAUCCGUCGGCGUAGAGACAUGAAGGCUGGAGAGAUGCGGCGGCGGUCGCUGUUUCACGUCCUCAUCACAUCGCUGGUGGUCACCGACCUGAUGGGGACCUGCCUGGUCAGUCCCGUGGUGAUGCUGUCCUAUGCUCGUAAUAUGACCUUGAUUGGGAUGGCUCCGGAUUCUAAGAGUGUCUGUCGCUACUUUGGGUUUAGUAUGACCUUCUUCAGUCUUGCGACCUUGUCGCUCCUCUUUAUGAUGGCGCUAGAGCGAGGCUUUGCCAUCGGGUACCCCUACCUGUACAACCGCCAUGUCACCAAAAAGUGUGCCUACAUAACGAUACCAUCAGUGUUAUUAUUCUGGGUAUUCUUCUGCGCCCUGCCUUUUGGUGACUUUGGUGUUUAUGUCCAAUACUGCCCUGGGACCUGGUGUUUUAUUGACAUGAAGCCAUUAGACCUUGCCGACAAGAUCUAUCCCUGCCUGUACGCAUCAGUUAUGCUAGUGCUGGUGCUAGCUAUCGUGGCGUGCAACUGUUUUGUGGUAUACCAGCUGUUUAAGAUGUACCGGCGCCGCAGGAGGAAUGGCAGCUCCAUAAUGGCGACCAAGAGACCCAGCAGUGAGCGCAGGGCGAUGUCGAUGGCUGAGGAGGUGGAGCAUCUUAUCCUGCUGGUGUUCAUGACCAUCAUCUUCAUCAUCUGCACGCUGCCCCUAGUGAUCCGCGUCUACAUCAACUCAACGACGAUGGUGAGUGAGUCUCACCCUCUGGAUCUCCUCGCCCUCCGCUUCAUCUCUGUCAACUCCAUCAUCGACCCCUGGGUCUUCAUCCUCCUCUCCCCCAGCGUGCUGCACUUCUUCUGGGGCUCAGUUUGCCGGGCCCUCUUUGGGACCUCGAGGGGCUCCAUAUUCAAAACAUCAAUAGCCAAAGACACAUCUCCGCCUAAUGUGGAACUUUCUUGUCCGACGUGGGAGUACACAGAGAGUUUUCAGACUGCAGAAGCUCUAUGACCAUAACAGUAUUUUAUUCUAGAUAGUUCUAUUUAUUGGACUCAAGAUUGAAUGAGGUGUUGUGGACUUGAGGAGUUUCCAAUGUUUUCAACAUCUUUGAGCCUUUCUUGCCAUUUGAAGGGAACACACACCUUCUAAUAGCAUUUCAGCUGAAUGAAUGCAUAAGGACUUCUCUGGAGCUUUGUAUUCAAAGUAAAAGCUCAACAUGCUGCUUACAUUACAUGGCAUUUAGGGGUUAAAUUAAAAAAGGUUGCUGAGAGGAGAUAGAGAAAGAAAGCUACAUAUUUAUUCAUGAUGUUAUGAUAUAAGAUAAGCUUUUAUUUCAGGGAAACAGCAGAAGAAGAAUUCAAAUAAUACUUUUCAAGUAAUUAUUGAGAUUUCAACACCAAUAAAGGUGACGCAGAUUGAUUCUGAAAUAAAGACCACAGAUUGCUGGAGCCUUUUAAGGAACAGGAAAUUAAGGUGUUGUCAUAAUCUGCCUUAGGCCAAACUUGAUAUUAUCUAUACAUGGAGCAUGUUUAUACAUGACCUCAGAUAUUCACUAUGAGAUGCCUUUGGCAUGACUCUCUAUUGUGUGUCUGUUAUCUUAUCAUCUCUAAGCUUUUUAACCCCCCAACCCUAAACUCUACUCUGGUAGCCUUUGCCCCCACAUUCCAAGCAGAUUCCUGUCGGCGAGGUCAAAAGGCAAAAAAAGCCUGGAGAUACUUAAUGUAGAGAGUCAAAACCCCACUCAAGGAGAGGGUGAUAAACACAGAAGGCCUGAUUAAUGGAGAAUGAAUUGCAGCUGCUGAAACAGAAUAAUUAGCUCCCACUUUCUGCUUCGUCUCAAAGUCUGAUUCACAAAGCAUGUCGUUCUGGUGAUACCCAGAUGCAAACAUGUCCAGAGAGUAGUCCUGUCAUCCUGUUUUGUGCCUCAAUGAGGAGAGAAACAAUCGGCGGUGGAACUGUCUCCACAAAUGUGGUUGAAGUGUGGCAGCAGCGCACUGAUAUAACCCCUGGUUACUGGGGUUUUAAGGCGUAUCCCAUUUACACAAGCAGCCUGGGUUCAAGUCUGGCCUCCUGCUUGUCCUCCUCUAUGAAAAAAGGCAUAAAAGCCCAAAAAACAUAUCUUUAAAAAAAGUAGUAUUUCUAGACUCUAAGCCACAGGUGUCAAACUCAAGGUCCAGGGUCCGAAUCCAGACCAUGGAACGAUUAUAUCCGGCCUGCGAGAUCACAUCAUAUUUGUAUUAUUACUGGCCCACCAGUAUGAGGUCUGCAGAUUUCCUCCAGUAUAAAAAUGUGAACUUCAAC